GUCGACCGUUUCCUCAGCAGUCAUGUUUCACUGAACGAGAUUCAUCUACAGUUUAAUAAACAGAUUUUAAAUUCAUUUCUAUACCUCACACACGUUCACAUGAACAGUCGCAAUGUUUAAGUUUAAAUAUGGAGGUCACGGCAGUGUUAAAGACCUGACCGCAUUGGACUCCAUCACAAGCCGCUGCACUCGACUCAAUCACCUGCUGCAGGGGAAGUGCAGAAGUGCAUCAGACUCUCCAGGAGUGACCGGAGUGAGCAGAGAAGGUCUGAUUGAUGCUUUGCUCUUGCUCUAUCAAGAGUGCACGUCCCCAGAGCUCAUGAAGAUCAAACAUGUGGCCAGUUUCGUGGAUAAAUAUGCUGAGGUGGUGGCAGAAGUUCAGGAACUGCUUCCUGGCAAGACAGAUUUUGAGAUGAGGGGAGUCGUGGGAAGAGGAGACUUCUCCGAGGUGCAGGUUGUGAAGGAGAGAGCUACUGGAGACGUGUACGCAAUGAAGGUCAUGGACAAAACCUGCUUACGGUCGCAGGACCAGGUUGCGUUUGACGAAGAAAGAACCAUACUGGCCCUGAACUCAAGUCCUUGGAUCCCACAGCUUCAACACGCCUUUCAGGAUCAUGACCAUGUCUAUCUGGUGAUGGAAUAUCUACCUGGUGGAGAUCUCUUGACGUUGAUGAACCGAUAUGAAGAUCAGUUAGAUGAGUCUACGGCUCAGUUUUAUCUGGCGGAGCUCGUGAUGGCCAUCCAUGUUGUCCAUCAGAUGGGAUAUGUUCACAGAGAUAUUAAACCAGAGAAUGUUCUGAUCGACCGCACGGGUCACAUUAAACUGGCAGAUUUCGGCUCGGCAGCCAGACUGACCGCUAACAGAACGGUUAUGUCUUCCAAACCCCCUAUGGGGACUCAAGACUUCCGGGCCCCGGAGAUUCUGUCCACGCUGAACGGAGGGUCGACAUGCAGCUACGGUCCAGAGAGCGACUGGUGGUCGCUAGGCGUCAUCGCCUAUGAAAUGAUUUACAUGAAAUCUCCUUUUGCUGACGGCACCACAACCAAAACCAUCAGCAACAUCAUAAACUUUCAACGCUAUUUGAAGUUUCCAGAGGAACCGAAGGCUAGUGUUCAGUUUGUGGAUCUGCUUCAGAGUUUGUUAUGUGGAUCACGGGAACGUCUGGGAUACGAGGGGCUGCGGUCUCACCCGUUCUUCUCCUCCGUUGACUGGAGCAACCUGAGACAUGCGCUCCCGCCGUUCGUUCCGUCUCUGCGCUCGGAUGAUGACACCUCCAAUUUCGAGGAGCCCGGGAGGCACCCCCGCUCUGCGGCCGCCGCCCAGCGAGAUCUCCCUCGCGACGGCUUCCACGGACGAGACCUGCCCUUUGUAGGGUGGUGCUUCAGUCGGCCCCUCAGCGCGCUGGCCAAGUCUGAGUCUGUUGGCGCAGGUCUGAACUCUCCUGCAAAGACGAACUCCAUGGAAAAAAAGCUCCUCGUGAAAAACAAAGAACUACAAGAAACUCAAGACAAAUGUCACAAGAUGGAGCAGGAGAUCUCGCGGUUUCAGCGUAAGAUGACUGACCUGGAGUCGGUUCUUCAGCAGAAAGAUGUGGAACUCAAAGCCUCCGAAACCCAGAGAGGCAUUCUGGAGCAAGACCUCGCCACCUACAUCACCGAAUGCAGCAGUCUUAAGCGUAGUUUGGAGCAGGCUCGUGUCGAAGUCUCGCAGGAAGAUGACAAAGCUCUGCAGCUCCUCCAUGACAUCAGAGAACAGAGCAACAAACUGCAGGAGAUUAAGGAACAGGAAUAUCACGCUCAGCUGGAGGAGAUGCAGGUGACCAUCAGACAGCUGGAGGAAGAUCUGUCAGCUGCCCGCCGCCGCAGCGACCUGUACGAGACUGAACUACGAGAGUCACGACAGACCAGCGAGGAUCUGAAGAGAAAAGCAGCUGAAUAUCAGCAGAGAAUCCAGAAGGCAAAGGAACAGGGUAAAGCUGAGGUGGAGGAUCUACUUUCUAAACUAGAGAAGACAAACGCUGAGCAGCAGCUGAAGAUUCAAGAGCUUCAGGAUAAACUCUCAAAGGCGGUGAAAGCGAGCACGGAAGCCACAGAACUGCUGCAGAACAUCCGUCAGGCGAAAGAACGUCUGGAGCGAGAACUGGAGCGUCUGCGUAGUAAAUCCGAUCCCAGUGACACGCUGCGCAGACGCCUCAGAGAAACUGAGGAAGGCAGAAAGACUUUGGAAAACCAAGUCAAGCGUCUGGAGAUGGUGGAGCGUCGAGAGAAUAAACUGAAGGAUGACAUCCAGACCAAAUCCCAACAGAUCCAACAGAUGGCUGAGAAGAUACUGGAUCUUGAGGAAAACUUGAGAGAGACUCAGGCUACGGCUCAGAGGAUGGAAGCUCAUUUGGUCCAGAAAGAGCGACUCUACGAGGAUAAGAUCAAGGUUUUGGCCGAUCAGAUGAAAGUGGAUCUGGCCGAUAAAGAGAGUCUGGAGCAGAAACGCGCUCAGCACGAGGAAGAAGCUCGAGAGAAAUGCAAACUCAUCAGUGAGCAGAAAGCUACAAUCAACGCCAUGGACAAUAAAAUGAAGAGUCUGGAGCAAAGGAUCGGCGAGCUCUCCGAGGCCAAUAAACUGGCGGCCAACAGCAGCAUUUACACACAGAAAAACAUGAAAGCGCAGGAGGAGAUGAUCUCUGAGUUACGACAGCAGAAGUUUUAUCUGGAGUCACAGGCAGGAAAACUGGAGGCUCAGAAUGCCAAACUGGAGGAACAUCUGGAGAAGAUGAGCCAGCAGGAACAGACCAGAAAGACUCGCAUAUUAGAGCUGGAGACCAGACUCAGGGAGAUGGGUCUGGAGCACGAGGAACAGAAGCUGGAGAUCAAGAGACAGGUGAGUGAACUGACGCUGUCGCUGCAGGAGAGAGAGUCUCAGAUCAGCAAUCUGCAGGCGGCGCGUCACGCGCUCGAGAGUCAACUACAGCAGGCCAAGACUGAGCUGGAGGAGACCACCGCAGAGGCCGAGGAGGAGAUCACAGCCCUCAGAGACCACAGAGACGAGAUUCAACGCAAGUUUGAUGCCUUGAGAGACAGCUGUUCGGUGAUCACAGACCUGGAGGAGCAGUUGACCCAGCUGACCCAAGAGAACGCCGAGCUGAACCGACAGAACUUCUACCUGUCCAAACAACUGGACGAGAUGACGGUGGAGAACGAGGAACGGCUGCAGCUCAACCAGGACGUGGACCGUCUGCGCCGAGAGGUCGCCGACAGAGAGAUGCAUCUCAACAACCAGAAACAGAACAUCGAGACUCUGAAGACCACGUGCAGUAUGCUGGAGGAGCAGGUGGUGGAACUGGAGUCUUUAAACGACGAACUCCUGGAGAAAGAGAGACAGUGGGAGAACUGGAGGUCUGCUCUGGAGGAUGAGAAGAAUCAGGCCGAGCGCAGAACUCGAGACCUGCAGAGACUGCUGGACAACGAGAAGCAGAACCGGUUACGGGCGGACCAGCGCAGCACAGAAUCUCGGCAGGCCGUCGAACUGGCCGUGAGGGAACACAAAGCUGAAAUUGUGGCUUUACAACAGGCUCUUAAAGAGCAGAGACUGAAAGCAGAGAGCUUGUCUGAUACGCUGAAUGAUCUGGAGAAGAAGCAUGCCAUGCUGGAGAUGAACGCACGGAGCCUUCAGCAAAAACUAGAGACGGAGAGAGAACUGAAACAAAGACUCAUGGAGGAGCAAGGGAAACUUCAGCAGCAGAUGGAUCUACAGAAGACACACAUCUUCAGACUGACACAGGGUCUUCAGGACGCGCUGGACCAGACCGACCUGCUGAAAACUGAGAGAACCGAUCUGGAGUACCAGCUGGAGAACAUACAGGCCGUGUACUCUCACGAGAAAGUGAAAAUGGAAGGAACAAUCUCUCAACAAACCAAACUCAUUGACUUUCUGCAGGCCAAGAUGGACCAGCCCGCCAAGAAAAAGAAGGGAAUAUUCGGCCGUCGGCGUGAGGAGGUGGGAGUCACAGCUAACGGAGCCACAUCCGCGGCAUGUCAGUCCGCCGUACCCUUACAGUACACUGACAUGAAAUCAGCGCUGGAGAAAGAAAGAGUUCGAUGCUCAGAGCUGGAGGAAGCCCUGCAGAAGAUGAGAAUCGAGCUGCGUUCUCUUCGAGAAGAAGCGGCUCAUUUUAAAGCUCAGGAGCACGCGGCUCCGUCCAUGCCAGCAGCCCGUCAGCAGAUCCUCAUGUCAGCCAUCGUGAAAUCUCCAGAGCGACAGCCCAAUCCCAGCAGUCUGCUGAAUCCCUCCAGCUCGGCCAGACGCAAAGAGACCUCCACACCUGAGGAGAAGAGGAGAGUCACGUUUGAAAAGUACGGCCGGCGUGUGAAGGAGCGGAUGCAUCACAAUAUUCCUCAUCGCUUCACUGUGGGACUGAAUAUGAGAGCGGCCAAGUGUGCUGUCUGUCUGGAUACUGUUCACUUCGGCCGACAAGCUGCCACGUGUCUGGAAUGUCAUACUCUGUGUCAUCCCAAGUGCUCCCCGUGUCUCCCCGCGACCUGCGGUCUUCCGGUCGAGUACGCCACACACUUCACUGAGGCUCUGUGUCGAGAUAAGAGCAGCUCGCCCGCUCUACAGGUGAAGGAAGCGUCGGGUCACGUGCGUCUGGAGGGAUGGAUGAAGCAGCCCAGGAAUGGGAAACGAGGGCAGCAGGGCUGGGAGAGGAAAUAUGUGGUGCUGGACGGAACAAAAGUAUCGAUCUAUGAGUGUGAACCCACAGAAGACUCUGUGAAGCCGCAGGAGGAGUUUGAGUUGUGUUUGCCGGACGGUGAGGUGACCGUACACGGAGCUGUUGGUGCUUCUGAGCUCAUCAACACGGCUAAAUCAGAUAUCCCGUACGUGCUGAAGCUGGAGUCUCACCCUCACACCACCUGUUGGCCCGGUCAGUCUCUGUACUUCAUGGCUCCCAGUUUUCCAGAUAAGCAGCGCUGGGUGGCUGUUCUGGAGUCAGUGGUGGCCGGCAGCAGAGGAUCCCGUGAGAAAACAGAAGCAGAUGCUGCAGGUGCUAAAAGACAGAAGAAUCUCUCACCGAUGGUUCAGAAGCUGUUGGGUAACUCUCUGCUGAAGUUAGAAGGAGACGACCGGCUGGAUAUCAACUGUACUUUACCCCUGACUGACCAGAUUGUGUUGGUGGGCUCAGAGGAGGGUCUCUAUGCUCUGAAUGUCAUUAAGAAUUCUCUGACACACAUCCCAGGACUGGACUCAGUAUUUCAGAUCCAGAUUCUUAAAGAUCUGGAUAAACUGCUCAUGAUCACCGGUGAGGAGCGUGCUCUGUGUCUGGUGGAUAUUAAGCGGGUGAAACAGUCUCUGGCUCAGUCUCAUCUGCCCGCUCAGCUGGAUCUCAGUCCAUAUAUCUUUGAGGCGGUGAAGGGCUGCCAUCUGUUUUCUUCUGGAAAGAUUGAAAACGGGAUGUGUAUUUGUGCUGCGAUGCCCAAUAAAAUCACAAUUCUUCGCUACAAUGACACACUCAACAAGUUCUGCAUCAGAAAGGAGAUCGAGACGUCUGAGCCGUGCAGCUGUAUUCACUUCACCGGAUACAGCAUCAUCAUCGGCACAAAUAAAUUCUAUGAGAUGGAGAUGAAGCAGUAUGUGCUCGAAGAGUUCCUGGACAAGAACGACGUGACUUUGGCCUCGGCCGUGUUCGCCGCCUCCUCUCAUAGUUUCCCCAUCUCCAUCAUCCAGGUGUCCAGCUCCCCGCAGAAAGUGGAGUAUCUGCUCUGCUUCCACGAGUUUGGAGUGUUUGUGGACGCGUACGGCCGCAGGAGUCGCACCGAUGACAUCAAAUGGAGCCGUCUGCCUCUGUCCUUCGCGUACAGAGAGCCGUAUCUGUUUGUGACCUACUUCAAUUCUCUGGAUGUGAUUGAGGUUCAGAGUCACUCAGCACUCGGUCCACAUGCGUACGCACACUUGGACAUUCCUAACCCACGUUACCUGGGUCCGGCCAUCUCAUCCGGCGCUGUGUACCUGGCCUCGUCCUACCAGAACAAACUGCGUGUCAUCUGCUGUAAAGGAAACCUGGCUCAGGACGGCUGGAGUGCAGACUCGCAGAGAAACGGCUCCACGCGCAGCCCAAACAAGCGCGGCCCCCCCACCUACAACGAGCAUAUUUCGAAGCGCCUGGCCUCCAUGCCCGCCGUACAGGAGGGGCUCCACCAGCCCGGGACCCCUCACCGUUACCGGGAGGCUCGUACAGAGUUCCGCCGUGACAAGUCUCCCGCCCGGCCCCUGGACAGAGAGAAGUCCCCGGGCCGCCUGACAGAACAGAGGCCGGAGAGAUCGCCCGGGAGGAUGAUGGACCCUCGUCUGGACCGCUCGCCGGGACGCAUCAUGGAUCUGCGCAGAGAGAGGUCGCCCGGCCGGGGGUUCGAAGAGCCUCGCCAAAGACUGCACACGGGGUCAGCACGCACGCCCAUCAACACUGUCAACAAGGUGUGGGAUCAGUCAUCGGUUUAGAUGAGCAACGCUGUAUCAGAAGACCACACCCCCCCCCCACCAGAGCAUCUGAUUCGUCUAAACAUGCAUUCCACAUCAAGAGAAAUCAUGUGACCGCACGUCAUCCAAUCGGGUCUCAGCGGGGGCAACAUACAGCACAAUGUGUCUGGCUCUUCGUGGCCUUAGAUUCAGAUUAGCAGCGAUUAUUAUUAACACACAGAUCUGGCUAGCGCUCGCUAGGGCUAACAAAAGUAUUAUUUCACGUUUCUGUGAUCAGAGAAACACUACCCAAUGACAUGAUUCUAGUUUUGCUCGUCGUUUGUCCUGAUGUUUCUGUACUUCUCUUCUGUUCCUCUUUCACUUCCUCCUGUCCAUCACUCUUCCUGCACUUACCCACAAUCCCCGGCGUCGUAGCGCCCGUCUUGAUGGAACAGGAGCUUUGUAAACUCUCAGAAUGUCAAGCAACUGUUGUACAUAGGCUCACGUGAUUUUUUUACGAGACGAUAUAAAAGUGAAUAUUGAGGCUUGUCGAGCCGCGUCUAUUUUUGUUAAGAAAUGAAGGCGAGAAAGCCGUUUGUAAUGUUCCCUCUUGGAUGUGUCGAGCUGAACCGUGUCAAAUGUCCAUGACGCUUCAAAGUGAAACAUUUCGCUUGAAUCAAGCCGGUGUGUGUCAUUGUGUCAAAGCGCCUGUAACACUCGUACUUCUAGACCAAUUGGUUCUCCAGCGCCGCUGUUAAAUGUUGUUUUUGGAGCUUCAGAAGAAGUGGAAGAGCUCUGCUGUAGUUCCGUCUGCUUUCUCAGAACGUUCAUGCCCUGACAACUCUUGAUCUCAGGAUUAGAAUGUUAGGAAUCGCAGUUCUCAAAUGGGUUUCUUUCCGUGAAUGUGACGCAGCCACCAACACCUGAAUCACUAUUUAGCGAAUCGACAUCGAGCAGAUUCAGUCCAUUCGUGAGGUGACGUCUCGACUGUCGCAUGGAGACCACCUGAAGGGUUUUUCUGUUUCUGCUUUUCAUUUCUGUUUCUGCUUUUCAUUUCUGUUUCUUGUGUUUUGAUGGAUUUUUAUUCUGCGCUAAAUGAUACUGAUGUUAACAAACUGCUGACCAGAGAUGUAGCGUUUCUUGUUUUACCUUUUUUUUAUUAUGGUCAAAUAGCAUUAUCUAUAGCAACUAUUAAACACAGUUCUAUCUUUA